UGGUUCCAUACAAGAGGUUGCAAGAAAUCUUGUGACAUUACUGAGUGCGCAGCUUCAAGCGGAUGGACCUCAGCAGACCACACCAACUGCCCCCCCAACCCAGUCAACACAUUUAACACCUCAACAGACACCACCCACUACAGUGCAUCACGAAAUGUCUAGGUCUUUUCCUGGUAUUUUUUCCCGAGGUUCUGCAAAGGGAAGAAAACGCUUUUUCUCUCCAUCCAGAGUGAUGUCCACAAGUGGCAAAAGUGUAACACUACAUUUUUUUCUGCUCAAUGAAAACACUGAUAAAACACCAAAAGCAGGCAUGGAGAUGACGCUUAUACUGGCUGGAAUGGGUAGACGUAGUAUAACAUUCCCUGAAUCUGCUGAUCACUUACAGAUUUCAGGACUUCUGACCAGCCACUACCCAAAACUUAACAACUUACAAGGGGGCUGGCUGCUUUAUAAAGCACUAGGAGGUUCGGGGCAGAGAAAACUUUCACUUAUACCUCCAGAGACUGAGGGUUACAAUGGCAACCUUCUGAAAUCUGUAACAGGAGGUGGGAAAAAUCUGAUCUACAUAAUGCCACUUCAGGAAAAACUUGAUAUGUCCCCUCUUCCUUUGGAUGCCAAAGAAUUUAAAGGCAUGCCCAAGGCAACAUGCAAAGUUUGUAGUGCUACCAUGCCACUGCAAGUCUUGGCUGUCCAUGUUAAAACCUGUGUUGACCUCAGAUCCUCUGGAGAGGAAUUUGAAAUUUCUAAUACGUCUCAUCAUGCGAUAAGUGAUGAUAAAGGUACUGCAGUUGCAUCCACAUUAAGGACAAACUACACAAAGAUCCUUGAAACUUCUGAAGGGACACCUAUGGCUGCUUGCCCUGUAUGUCAAGAAGAAUAUACACUGGACUUUUUACAGAUCCAUGCAAGCUGUUGUGGAGACAGUGUUGAGGAAGCACCUGUACCAGACCAGGUUCACAAAUCAACUGAACGUGGAGAAAAAAGUCUUGAUGAUGUGAUAAAAGAAAUCACAAAUGCAGUAUCAACUGAUGGAGUUACCUUUGAUAUUGCUGUGUCUCGCAAAAACUUGUUGGAAAGAGGCAUUGCGCAAUGGCAACGGCAAAAGAAAACAUCCCCAACCAACCCACUGAAAGUCACCUUCAUAGGUGAAGCUGGCAUUGACACAGGUGCCCUCCGUAAGGAAUUUUUGACAGAGAUGGUUUCAGGGAUUGAGAAACGCUUCUUUUUGAGGGGAGUUCAUGGCUGUGCACCCACGUAUUCCCUGUCAGAUUUGGACAAAGGUCAUUUCCGGACUGUUGGAGAAAUAAUGGCAGUGAGCUUGGCUCAAGCUGGACCAGCUCCAAACUUCCUGAUGCCUUGGUGCUAUAGAUUCUUGUGCACUGGUUCCCCGGACUUUGAAAGCAUGGACAGAAAUGAUGUGGUCGAUGAUUACUUCAUUGAUCUUAUAUCAAAGGUUGAGUCUGCAAAUGAGGCAACUCUCUUGAACAUCACCGAAGACAUCUUGAACUGCGGUUAUACAGGAAUCAUUCUUGUGGAUAAAAAGCAAGAAAUGAUGCGAUCAGUUGUACUUCAUGCGAAUCUGAGGUUGCUCCCAAUUUUGCAGCAGCUAAGGGAAGGGCUUAGGCUCUAUGGCUUGUCAGAUAUAAUGAGCACAUAUCCAGAUAUUUGCCAGCCAUUGUUCGUGCCAGGUGUUGAAAUGAAAGCAGAUGCAGACUUCAUCAUCUCUGUCUGCCAAGCUGAAUUUAGUGAAAAGGGUUCUAACAAGGAACAAUCUGAGGUUGACUUGAUGAAUCACUUUCAGGAUUUUCUACAGGAACUCGAGCAAGGUGAAUCCUCAUUGUCUGAGAAUGGCUCGUCACUGUCUCCAAGAGCCUUCUUGCAAUGGAUUACAGGACAGGCCCAUAUUCCUGUUCUGCAAGAGGAGAGGAAGAAAUUUCAAAUAACUGUGCAGUUCCUUCACGAGUGUGAAUCACAAUACGGUCCACACAAAAUCUGUUAUCCUUCUGUGGCUGCAUGCAUUAACACAAUAACAUUCCCAGUUCAACACAUGAGAUCAUAUGAGGACUUUAAAUGUGUUCUUCUGGAAGCAUUCCACAUGGGUCAGGAAUUCACAAAAGUGUAAAAGUUACAUUAACACCAGUUUCUUUGAGAAAGGAUCUGAUUCAGUACAGGACUGAUGUGUAAAAGUUAUAAGCUUAGUGUUGUGUGAAUGUUGAUUAAAACGUGUUUGCUCAAAAGACUAAUAAAACAUCAGCUGUGACUUACAAUCUCUUUGUUUGGUUGCUAAAUCUAAAUUAUGCCUA